UUGCAGAAAAAUUCACCAGAAUGCAGAAAAUGAAGUGGAGAUCUCAACCCCCACCUCCCAAUGUUAAACCCAGUUACCUUGCCCUGUACUCUCCACAAUAUGUUGUGUCAGUUAUAUUAUGUGCUGGCAUCAGACUAAGAUAUUAUUUAGCAAUGUUUUGCACUCACAUGAACAAAGUCGGCUUCUCCUUUCGGCCUGAAGUACCAUUCGACGGUGGCAGUAGCCUCCACCUCACUCCUCCUCUUGCAGGAGAUGCAGCCCAGUUUGAAGCCCUUGCCCGCCACUGCCUCUGUGUCAGAGUCCACCUCUGCACACGCCCCACGGCACUCGGACAUUGCUACAAAACGAGACAAGCACUACUAUAGGUUAACAUGAUGUGGCAACAAAUUAUGAAGGCUACAGAAAAUCAGGUCAACUCACCAAAUAUGCAGCACAGAAGAAAAAGGAUCCGUAGGCUUAAUACUUCCAUGUCACCGGUUUUAUUUGAGGAGGAGCCUCAAAAAGUACUAACAACAACACUCCUGUAUCCGAGCUCCAACUGACUGUUGUUGAAACUUUAAAUGACCAUCAUGACACUCAUUAAACUGACCUCCAACUUUGUAAUAAAUGAAGGGAUAUUUGCAAAGGUUUUCUUUUAUAUAGCCUAUUUAAAAAAAAAAGAAAGACUAAUGUUAUUUAUUUAUGUUUUUGACUGUUGCAGUACUUUGCUUUAUUGUUUAUUUCCUUUUAAUAUGUUUAUUGUAUGCACAAAACAAACAAAAGACCAAGGCAAAUUCUGUGUGAGUGAAAACUCACUUGGCAAUAAAACUUAUUCUUAUAUCAGAUAUACACCUACAUUUGAUUAUGAUGUCUUAACAAUCGUCAAGAUAGCAAGUUUCCUAUUGGUUGCCGAAUUGCUACAGAUUAUUGCUGCUUUUUGACAGAGCCCGGUAAUUCAUCUCGAUUCAACUGAUGCAAUGUAGUGGUUUUCUGCUUUUAAUUAUCAAGCAGCAAAUGAAACAAUCCAGAUAGCUGGUGACUCACAGUGUUCCCCAGAUCAACACCCUGAGAUCUGAUUAUCUUUUUUUUCCCUGAGGUCUAAUAUGAGAUGCACGGAGCAAUCAUAAUGCCUGGAGCCACAUGCUCUGCUCUAUUAUGAAUGCAAAUUACAGGGUGCACAAAGAUUAUGAUAAAUGUGUUUUUAUUAUGUGCAACAUGCAAGCUACUAUGCGAAUAGGCCUACACUUACAUGCCAGCACAUAUAAUUGAUUUGCAUGCUCUUUGAUAAGAAACUGCUACAUUUUACAGGCUACACGCUAAAUGCAGACCAAUAUCGGAUCACUGAAAUCAAAGCCUACUGUCCUGAAAUAGAGGCCUCCUCUCCUCGAGUCGUCUCCUCGGGAAAAAAAAAAAAUACUGUCCUCUCCUUCGAUGACAGCUGAAUGUGGAAAUACUUCUAAUUUCACCUAUCUAAUGACUCCGCACUCGUAGAAAAGAUGCUCCGCUCCUGCAGAUAAAACUGCGUCAGAGCAUCGUAGAGCCAGCCCACCAAAAAUAAAAUAAAAUACGUCCUGUGAGGCUGUGCCAGUUAACGGUGAUUUUUCCUACGCCACCGCGGCACCUCAGUCGCUCGGAUCAGAGGAUGCUGCAGAUGCACUGCGGUAAAAACGGCCGCGCGUGUAUGACUGAGCAGAUCAUACAGAUCCAGUGUGUGACGGCUAUUUAAGCUUCUGCCCCGCCGCUUUUAAACUGAUACUAGUUUAGCUUUGUCUGUUAACCACUGCAGGGGCCUCACCUAGCGUUUAUAGCACAAUUAAUGAGCGACAUGGGCUUUCGUUGUGGUACCUGAUAUUCGGGUGAACUGGCCCUUUAAGUGAGCUCCACUGCGGCGGAGGCGGGGUAAUGAUGCCGUCUUUCUGUCAACAGAAGAUGGUCACAUAACGCUGGAUUGAUCAGUCUCCAACUUCCAAUAACUGCCCAUAUAGUUGUGGGUUCAGCUUUUAUAAUACAAUUAGAUAAUCUUGCAGCUAACGCCGCGGGUUAAUGUGGCCAGUGUGAUGGUAUUUCAUAACAAUUCAACUUUGACACCAAACACCCACUCACGUUGUGUGUGAGGAUUGCUGAUGCUGUUUAGUUGUCAACCAGCUAGCAUCAGCUACGCCUACGGGCAAGCUGCUGUUAGCAUUUACGAGCUUGCUACUUUUUCUCUUGUUUCACAAAGAAGCGAUGGUAUUUUUUUAUCUGGAAUUCACGAAUAAUAAUGUUGUGCUGCAAAUAGCCAGCGACGUUCCCUAUAAAAGUAAAAAGCUCGACAUACCGACAUAUCAAAGUUUUGUGUGACCAUGGAUCCGACCUGUAGUGCUUCGGCUGCUCAAGCAGCGUUAACUGUCCAGGUGUGUUUCCCCGGUGCCCGUGCGGCUGUUUUGGAUAAUCUGAACCGCCAGCGGGAAGAGGGCAGGCUGUGUGACCUCUCCAUCCAGGUGCAAGGACAAGUGUUCAGGGCCCACCGCUGUGUGCUCGCUGCAUGCUCACCUUACUUUCAUGACCAGGUGUUACUGAAGAAUGUUACAACUGUUUCCUUACCCUCAGUUAUGGACCCAGUGGCCUUUGAGAGUGUCCUGAGUUCUGCAUACACAGGCCAGCUGAGCAUUGUGCUUGAUGACAUUGUUAACUAUGUCACUGUGGCCAGUUUCCUCCAGAUGUGGCAUAUCGUGGACAAAUGCACUGAGAUCCUGAAGAGGCCUCGGCCCCCAGCAGAGGUCAGCCCUGGAGAGACCGCUGCAGCUCACCCUGGCACGGCAUCUCGCCAGCAGUCCCCGAGCAGCACAGACUGCUUAUAUCUGGAAAGGGAGGAAAGAAGGAAAGAGAGAAAGCCUGAUGCCUUGCCUCCCUUAGCUACAUGGAGACGUCCACAGCAGUUUCCUAGAUGGGGGCGGCCACGGCCUUCAUCAGCCCAGAAUUUAGCUGACUCUCAACUGGACACCCUCCCUUGCUAUACAGAGAGUGAUUACACCAACUGUGAGGAGGCAUGGGUAUCAAGCCAUGCCAAAACGAGCCACUUUGCUCAUGAUGGACCUGGCCACAAUAGCCGGUACCAUGGGGGGGUCCCUUGUGGUGAAGCAUUAAAGCAGAAAGUCAGGUUUCAACAGCGAGGAGCACCGCAGAGCGUUGUUAGACGGCUUGAUAAGAACAGAGAGAGCGGGGACAUUGAUGAGACACAAGAGAAGAGGAAGAAGAGAGAGACCGAGGCAGAUGAGGGAGUCGGAGAAGCAGCGGUGGAGAAGAAGGGAGGCUUUGCACAAAUGGGACACUGCGCAGACUUCAACCCAAUUUCGAAUGAGAAUGUCGGACAAGUCACGGUCAAGGCGGGUGUGGAGGAGACAAAGGAAAAAGUGCAAAGAAAUUUGGUAGGAAGAGAUCCUUCCUCAGACCUGCCCAGUGUUCAUGCUUGCCAAACAGGUGAAGCAGUUCCGGGCCCUUCCUGUCCAGUCUCGGCCCGAAUGCAGUGGCAGACGAGUCCCUGGUCUCAACAAGAGCAGAGGCCGCAGGAAGUAGAGGGUGGCAGCUGCAGUAAAGAUGAGGAUGAAGACGAUAAGGAGGAGGAGGAUGUGGACUUUGAAUGUUUCACAGAAGGGAUGUUUAGCAGAGACACAUAUGAUGAGAUUGAAGAUGGCACAGGACAGGUUUCCCAGAGGCCUUUAGUGCCUGUGUCUCCUGACUUCACCACGGCAGACUCGGAGGUCAACUGGCCCUCCACCAGCGUGGGACAGGGUAGCUCAUUGACCCCCAACUCAAGUCGGCAUUUGUCUCCGUCCUCUGCUGCAUUUCCGCCACCCUCUUCACCCCCGACACCAUCUUCGUCCUCCUCCGUGUCCCUCGCUGGCGCCCCCUACACGGGCAAAGUCCACUUCUGCCACUGCGGAAAAGCCUACACCCUGAAGAGUAUGCGUGACCGGCACGUGAAGAUGCAGCACCUCAAUCUACGGCCCUUCGGCUGUCCCGUUUGCACAAAGUCCUUCAAGAUGAAGCACCACCUAACCAAGCACCUCAAGACUCAUGGAGGGCUGCGGCCCUACGAGUGUGGCUUGUGUGGGAAAAAAGUCAUUUGGAGAGACAGCUUCCUCAGGCAUCAGGCCCGAUGUGAGAGACUUGCCUCCAGCGCCUCAGCUAACAGCAACAACGCAAGCACAGCUGCAGCGGAUGUGGAUGACAGCUACAGUUAUGGAUUUGAAGACGGGGUUGCUUUUCUUGCAACCGGAGGACAAGUGAAAGUCGAAGAGGUGGACUUUCACGGGGAGAUGGAGGAUGGGAUGCAUGGCCUGUUGGGCAGUGUGUCUGGGAUUGUGGAUGAGCUGAGAACUCAGUCACAAAACUUGGACUCCGGUAGUCAUGUUUUUAAAGAGGAGGCAAGUGAGAGCUUUUGAGGAAAUUAAACAUCAUUGUUAAAAGUGUAUACAUAAAGAAAUACAUGCAAGAAGGACAAUGCAUUACAUGAUGAAUUCAAAAGUCUGCCGACACAAAUCAUCGAAGGCUUUAUUUGAGCUGCCGCUUUUGUUUUCGUCCUUUUUAUGUACAUUAUUUUCAUGUCAUGGAUAUAAAUAGAAGAUAAAAAAGGAACAAUCAUGCUUCAUUCAAGUGAUCCUUUUUAAUGUGUGCAGUGCCAGGUAGCCUCAGUCCAUGUUUAGUGAUGCUGUAAACUGUACAUCUGUGUUGUGAAUGUAAUCUUAAGCCAGAUUUAAGUUCAAUGCAUUUUGCACAUAAAUGAUUUGCCAUCGAUCUACAUUAUAAAAAUAAAUACAAGGUUAUGAAAAAAAAAAUGUUCUAUGCCAUAUUUAUGUCUCUUCCUACUAUGUAAAGGAAAGAAACCUUGUUAUAUAUGGUAAUAAAACCAG